AUGCAUUCAUCAGCAUCUUCUGGCGGUCUGGACGAUCAUGUGGUUGAGAUUGUCGAUGAAGCCUCUUUGGGAGGCGGUAGCAGCUCCCUGGCUAAGAAUAAGCUCCUCGAUUCUGAUCGUCCAGCCGUACCGGUGGUAUUUGCCCUAUCGAAGAAUAGACUUGGGAAGGCUUGUGGUAAACCUGUUCGACAAUGUGCUGUUGGUCUAUUAUCCGUUGAAGGCGCUGAGAGGAAAUGGAAACAGAUUAUCGAAAUGACAGAAAUGCUGAGGCGUAAGUGGCUCGAAGAGCGUCUUACAUCAGCCUCAGUUGAUGUCGUCGACACGACUUGA